CUGAUGGCCCCCUUCCUGGCUCAGUCAAUGACCAAGAAAAGAAAGCAAGUAAGAUUUUCUCCUGCCACGAUGUCAACCAAGAAUUCUACAGAUCUAGUUCAGUAUGUUGACAAGGGUCAUUCUUUUCUUCCUGUGAUUCCAAACAUGCAGAGAAGUCAGCUAGAAGACAGACUGAACAACCAGGAGCGCACCAUCGCGUUCCUCCUUGAACAAGCCUUCCGUAUCAAGGAGGACAUCUCUGCUUGUCUUCAGGGGACCCAUGGCUUUCAAAAAGAGGAGUUGCUUGCCAGGAAGCUACUGGAAAACCAUAUCCAGACCAUCACCAGCAUUGUCAAAAAACUCAGCCAAAAUAUUGAGGUUUUGGAAGACCAAAUAAGAGCCCGAGACCAGGUGGCCACAGGAACUAAUUUUGCAGUACAGGAGCUUAACACCAAACACGUUCAAGGAGUUGGAGAUCUUCGAGGAAGGGUAGCCAGAUGUGACUCCAGUAUUGUGAAGCUUUCUGGAGACAUUCACUUCAUCAGACAUGAGCACCGGAAAACUGAAAAAACAAUUCAAGAUUUUAUGUCUGCCCUAGAAACUGUUUCUAAGAAUUUGGAUGUGAAGGUAAUGCAGCUCUUAGGAAAGAUCGAGGCUUCCACUUCUGAGCAAAUCUCAAAUUUAAAGAUGGUCCAGGGAGAUCAUCGCCAUGAAAUGAACCUUUUGGAGUUCAAAUUUAAUUCACUUUCAAAUAAUCUAUAUGAGGAAGUGGAGAACCAUCAAAAAUGGACAGAAAGCCGGUUCAUCACCUAUGAAAAAGACCACCUUGGGCAUAUAAAUCAAUGUCUGAAGCUCCUACAGGAGAAACUGGAAAAGUCUGAAAAUAAAAUGGAAGAAAAAUUACUGAAGCUUUCAAGCAAAUUAGAGAACCUCAUUAACACAGAGAAACAGGAAGGAGGACUAAGCAAAGUAAAGCAUAUAGAAAACAAACUGUCCAAAAAGAUGAACCAACUGGAAAAGCACAUCUGGGGUGAAUUAGAGAAAAUGCAGAGUGAAUAUCAAUCAGGAUUUCAAUCAAUUCAUGACUCUCUCAGCUCCCUCCAACAAAUACAGAAAACAAAGAUGGAUUUAGAGAAAUAUAAAGUACAGAAAGACCUAAAGAAAUUACAGCGCAAGAUAGUGGAACUCCAGGAGGUAUAAAACUUUUCAGUCAUCUUUUCCACCAGCUAAUAUAG